AGUUACUAUGUCGUUCGCCAGCACCUUCUACAACGCUGUCGCCAAGCGUAACAGCGUUUACGUGUCUGCCAUCUUUGCGUCGGCUUUUGGCUUUAGCGUCGGCUUUGACGCCGCCGUCACGUCCUUCUGGGACAAGUGGAACCAGGGGAAGCAAUGGAAGGACAUCCGUCAGAAAUACAUCCAAGAAGAAGAGUCAUAAAUCCUUUCACUCCCUUGAUGUAUCCUGUUUAUUAGACUCUGGUCGUAUGUUCCCUUUGCGACGCAUCCAACCAUCAUCCUAGAAAUAAAUCGCGUCCUCCGCACCGCUUCAACUCGCCGUUGUGCCAGUCACCCAAUGUCAGACAUAACACAAACUUGAUUACCG